AUGAACUUCUUCGGAAAUAAAUACUAUAGACUCCAUCGACGUCUUUUGCUUAUGGUCGGCCUGUGGCCGUACGACGAGUCAAUCGUCAAAUAUGUUCAAAAAGUAUUGUGCAAUAUUAUUGUAGGAUACACGGUGAUUGCUCAGAUUAGAGGUCUUAUAGAUCACGUAGAAAAAGACUGGAACAUGCUCAAGGAUAAGAUGGAGAUGGAAAUUUUGGGGAGGUACACUUACUUCGGCAGUAUUAUCACCUCGUUAGUUGCAAUAUUCAUUUACUUCAUUGGCGUGGUAAUGUCUUUCGUACCCUUCUUACCGAUCGUUCUUGAUAUCCUCGCACCAUUAAACGUCUCGCGGCCGCGACAUUUAAUGUUUCCGUGUGAAUUUUUCGUCGAUCAUCAGAAGUAUUUCUACGUUAUCACAUUACAUGUGUCUAUUUCAAUCUUUCUGAUGUUCACCACGCUGAUAGGCACCGAAACAUUGUUCGUGACGCAUGUGCUGCACGCUUGCGGGAUGUUUCGAGUCGCUAGUUAUCGAUUUGAUCAAGCGUUUGGCAACAAGUUGUGGCAAGCGUAUCCAGUCGAAAGUCGGGCUCUCAUUGUUUACAAAAAGCUAAUCGAGGCAAUGCUUAUUCACAAAAGAGCUCUCGAAUACAUUACACAAUGGUACAGCGCUCCAGUGCAGGCGCAAAAAUUAUUGCCGAUCAUAAUGCAAAGAAGUACGAGAAGUUGCAAGAUGGCCGUAGGUGGCGGAAUGUAUAUUCCGUCAUUUGAAGGUUUUGCGACGCUUAUGAGUAUGACUGUAUCGUACUUCACUGUACUGUGUUCGGUACGCGAGUAA